CAACGCAUGGCGUACGCAUUUCUAAGAUGGCUGCCUCCACAGAUUUUUACUUGCGUUAUUAUGUUGGCCACAAAGGCAAAUUUGGGCACGAGUUUCUCGAAUUCGAAUUCCGCCCUGAUGGUAAACUGAGAUAUGCCAACAACUCCAACUACAAAAAUGAUACAAUGAUUAGAAAAGAGGCGUACGUUCACAAGUCAGUGAUGGAGGAGCUGAAGAGGAUCAUAGACGACUCCGAGGUCAUGCAGGAGGAUGACGGGCUGUGGCCACCACCAGACAGGAUUGGCAGACAGGAGCUGGAGAUUGUGAUAGGAGAUGAGCACAUUUCAUUCACCACAUCAAAAAUAGGCUCAUUGGUAGAUGUCAACCAGAGCAAAGACCCGGAUGGUUUGAGGACGUUCUACUACCUGGUGCAGGAUCUCAAGUGCCUGGUGUUCUCUCUCAUUGGACUUCACUUUAAGAUUAAGCCUAUCUAAGACAUGUUGUAUGUGUCAGCUGGUGGGCGUGAGGAGAUGUAUCUGAAAUAAUGCCUGGGAACAUGAGCGAUUUAGAACAUCUAAAUAAGUCUUGUUCUAAGAAAACUGGGUUUAAUGCAUGUGCGUAAAGUGUCCUCCCAGAUUACACUGUGCAGUUCACACAGGCUAAUCAGGGACGACACUAUAUGCUUAUGCAUUAAGUCCAGUUUUCUCAAAACAAGGCUCAAAUGUUUGUAAACUUUGAUCCGGUCAAAUUAAUAUCCUUUAUUUAAUACAUAUGUCAAGGUCUAGACCUUUGUUUUCUUUUCUUUCUAAUUUUUGUUUUAUACAUCGAUCAUGAUUUUGAAUUCUUCAUGUCUAGCAAUUAAGUUUAAAAGUUAUAAUUGGUAAAAUCUCAUAAUCCUAUGUAAACUUUGUGUUUGUUCAAUCACAAACUACUUAAUACAUUAGUAGACAAAAUUUAACAAAAAAGUAUUAAACUUUUUUUUAUUUUCUAAUAUUUUUAGUAUUUUCUAAUUUGGUGUCAGUGCAUCAUGAUAUUUUAUUUUUUUCAACUAAAAUUUUUCACAGAUAUGUUUGUUUCAAUCAGAACUUUCUGUUUUCAUAUGGACAUAAGUCUAGGCUUGAAAUGGAGAGCAUGUGCUAGAACAGUUCAGUAACCCAUUUGCUAGUUUGCAGUCAUUCAUUUGCAUAUUUCAUUUUUAACCAGGUUUUCCGAAGGAAAAAACUGGUUAUUAGAUUGGCGAAUGCGGGCGGGCUGGCGGGCUGGCUGGCGGGCUGGCGGAACAAGCUUGUCCGGGCCAUAACUAUGUCGUUCAUUGUCAGAUUUUAAAAUCAUUUGGCACAUUUGUUCACCAUCAUUGGACGGUGUGUCGCGCGAAAUAAUUACGUCGAUAUCUCCAAGGUCAAGGUCACACUUUGAGUUCAAAGGUCAAAAAUGGCCAUAAAUGAGCUUGUCCUGGCCAUAACUAUGUCAUUCAUUGUGAGAUUUUAAAAUCAUUUGGCACAUUUGUUCACCAUCAUGGUACAGUGUGUUGCACGAAAGAAUCACGUCAAUAUCUCCAAUGUCAAGGUCGCCACGACUAAAAAUAGAUUUUUUUUUUUUAAACAAACUUACAAAGGGGGUUAAUUUUGUUUGUUCAUUUCAAAAGUUCAGUUCGAGUUUUCUCCCUUUAUCAAAUUUUUUUUUCACAAUGAAAACCUGGUUUUGUGACAAUUUUGUCCCUUG